AUGAGGUCCACGUUUGUUUUCCUUUUAUUCACCGUAAUAUGUUUAGCUUGCCUUCUCUCCCUCGGAGCAUGUGGAUUCGAACGCGGUGAUCGAUAUUGGAGCGGGAAACCACAACCCAUUGGAAUAGACUUCUCGUCUACCUGCGCGUUCGCCGUUUACGCUGAUAGUCCCAGCAAUUUCACCACCUUGGGCUUUGCAUGUCCCGGUCCGGGGAAUCACUAUUCUCAAUAUGUGUACGAUAUAUUUUCGCAGCGGGGCCGUCUCGGCGGGCCCGUGAUAAUCGACGACGAUGCGCAAUGGGCUUCUGAAUCCGACCCUUGGUAUACCCAAGCUUCUGAUCAAGCUUCAGCAUGGGCGGGAUCUCUUCUCUCACACUCAUGUCGCAAAUUAUUGCCUCUGUUCCAAAAAUUCCAGGCCUUUCCGGAAAUUUGCUUCCGCGACGAAGUCUAUUCUCCCAAACCCCCAAAGUCCAAAUAUCAGAAUUUGAAAUCCCACUCACGCAUGACCCGACUCCUAUCAUCGAUGCCGAGAUGGUUCCGAACGCCUCAAUCCCCCACGCUGCUGACGAAGAGCAAUUUUAUUAUGGCCAUCGUUGACCUUCUGGAAGAAGUCAAGCGGAUGUCGCUCAGCGAACACAACAUCACGAUCACCUCUGCAGUGAUAUCACGUCCUUCCUGGACUUAUAACGAUAUCGGUGAUCUAUUUAAUGAAGCCUGCCUCCUUGCGAACAUCGAAGUCUGGGAACAGCCCCACAAUCGGGUUGAUAUCGCGUCGAAGACUUUGAAGGGACAUGGCCCGGCGAUAAUCAUAGACCACGGCCACUAUCAUAUGGAUGUUCAUCUAAGUACCUGGGAUGACAGGGAUAACCAACAUUAUGGCAGGGAAUCCAUUGGCCUGGACCAUUUUGGGGGCAGUUAUAUCCUGGAAACCCUGUUACAGAGAAUUAUCGGUGUAUUCAAUUCCAACGUGACGGAAUCAGAAAGAAACUGGACUCGGGACAUUCAUUUCCCGAAUGCUAUUCGCCAAGUACAUGAUGCAAGGAUGCAAAUAAGAUAUGGGCGUAACUGGCCCGAAGACUUGGAGUUCCAAAACCGCUCUACAAGUGUCAACCUGACGAGUUCAACGGGGCUCCUAAGGGUUCUGAAUAUGACCGGUCAGGAUAUCUGGGAUGUUGAAAGGAAGUACGUGGAGGAAGUCAGCGCCUCGAUCCAAGAGUUUGUCUUCAGACCUGAAGCCCCGUGGGAGUAUCACCAAGGCCCUGACUUUGAAGAGAUUACCUCACUCCCCUCGGACAAACAACAAGCUAUCUUAGCAAACACCGUGAAUAACGUCCCCACGCCGGCAUCCACUCGUUCCUGGACCAAAGAGAUCUCCUCAUUCAUCAUCCUGGACAGCACGACCGACGUAGGUCUAUUGACCCACGCGGUUCAGGAAGCCCUAGGACUGAACAACAGAACCACGAGCAAUGAUGAAGUCUGUGUCCCGAGCCUGGAGAUCGCGGCUAGGGGCGCGGCGCUGAGAGCUUUGGAUUGGCUCACGUAUUGGGAUGCUGAGCAACAAGACUGGUAUGAGAUGGAUGAUGAUGAGGAGGAUUAUUACGAUGAGUAGGUAGGUAGGAAGAAGUAGGAGGGACAAGCACUAGUCCCGAUUAGUGCAGCCCCCCUGAGUGAUAGCCUGAUCUGAAUGGAAACCAAGGGUUCCUCCUAGUGGGGCUACAUGAUCCAGUCAUGCAUUCGCAUUUCAUUUUUAGCAUCAACAUCAUC